AUGAAUCCAGUCAAUGGCACCAUCCCGGUGACCAAGUUCAUCUUGCUGGGUUUCCCCUCCCUGGGCCGGCUAAGCUGCAAUCUCGUCUGUGCCCUUUUUUCCUCCACCUACAUUGCGAUGCUGGCAGGCAACCUGUGCAUGGUGUGGGCCGUCCUGUGGGACCCCCGCCUCCAACUCCUGCCCAUGUACAUCCUGCUGAUGAAUUUCUCCUGGCUGGAGAUCUGCUACAUCACGACCACAAUGCCCCGGAUGCUCUCUGUCAUGAACCCCGGGGUCCCCAUCUCCUCCCAUGCCUGCUUUGUGCAGUUCUAUGUCUUCUUUUGCAUGGGGACGACCGAGUGCUGCUUCCUCGUGGCCAUGGCCUUGGAUAGGUACCUGGCCAUCUGCCAGUCCCUGCGCUACCCCAUCCUCAUGUCCUCCCACAGAUGCUGGGUGCUGGCGGCCUCCUGCUGGGUCACCAGCUUCUUGUGGUUCAUAGUGCCCGUCAUCCUCAUCUCCCAGCUCUCCUUCUGCGUCCUCACCCUGGAUCAUUUAGUCUGUUAUCCAGGCCCAUUGCUGGCUUCCUCCUGCACCCGAGCCCCCCAGGAUGAACUGACCACCUACAUCCUAGCUCCUCAUCACCUUCUUACUCUGACCUCCUACGGGCUAAUCGUCAGGGCAGUGCUCAGGUUGCCCGCAGGGGCUGGGAGGCACAAGGCCUUCUCCACCUGCUCUUCGCACCUGGCCAUCGUGGGUCUCUUCUGGGGCUCUGGCAUGGUCACCUACAUCAGUCCAUCAGCUGCAGGGGGCCACGGGAAGAUGGCGACCCUUUUCUAUGUGCUGGCGACCCCCCUGCUCAACCCACUGAUCUACAGCCUGAGGAACAAGGAGAUGAAGGAUGCACUAAGGAGGAUCCUGCUGGGGAAGCUGUAG